GCACCUCAUAUGAGGCGUCGAGAUCUCUCUUGGCUGGUAACGAGGGAAUGAAGUAUCGUACAACUCUGAAUCCAUACGCAUGCAAUUAAUGAGGAAUCGUAGGGAAGGCUGUAAGAUUGGAAUAACGCGUCAUUUCUUUACUAAAAUGCGUCCAGGGAUUGAUAUGUUUUGACUCCAUAUAGAUCUGUCUCAACGUGAUCCCCACACCCGAAAUGCAAUCGACUUCCCAUCAUUGGACCCAUCGACGUGCAGAAGACGGCCCCAUAAAUUAAACGUUUCCAAAACGCGACAUGUGCAAAUCAAUUUCCAAUUCGAUCGUCUGCAACCUCGUCCUCGUUUCAGAAUGGCUUCUAGUUCAGUAGUUCGUUUUUCUUAUUCCUGGCUUUUAGUCUCUUGCGGUUGGUAGUUCGUGCUCGCCCACCCUCCUGCCACAACCGUGGACAACCGACUAGAUAUAUACAGCCAGCGCCACCGAAAGAAUUGCUAGUCACAAUUCGACUUCCCAGCCAUGGCCGCCAAAUUUGUCGGCGGCUCUGCCACGCAGCCGUUCCUGCUGGCCGCCUCCCUCACUCUCGUCAUCCUCCUAUUCGUUCUCUCCGGUGCGACUCGCAAUCUGCCGCUAGAUUUGCUCAUCCGCAGCGGCAGCUACUCGGCACUCGAACAAGAUCCCAAGAACUGCUCUUCGGAAGCAGCAGUAGCAUCUACGGGGGAUUCGCCGGCGAAACCGGACAAGCUCCUCGGCGGCCUCCUGAGCCCUGACUUCGAGGAAGCCUCCUGCGUGAGCCGCUACCAAUCUUCCCUAUUCUGGCACUCCAAUCGCACACCUUCAUCUUAUCUCCUUCAUAAGCUACGAAGCUACGAAGCCCUCCACAAAAAGUGCGGCCCCAACACGGAGCCCUUCAACCGGAGCCUCCAACAGCUCACUGCCAGCGCUGCCGCCGCCGCCGGCGGAAACUCCGAGUGCAAGUACCUUGUUUGGCUUCCGUCUGACGGCCUCGGCAACCAACUCAUCGCCCUCGUUUCCACCUUCCUCUACGCCCUCCUCAAUGACAGGGUCCUCCUCCUCAGCAUCCCCAUGGGCCUCCACGGCACCUUCUGCGAGCCAUUCCCCGAUAGCUCAUGGGCUCUGCCGUCCGAUUUCCCGAUCUACAACUUGGACACCCAUGACUUCUACAGCAAGUCGCCGCGCAGCUACGGCUACUUGCUCGAGAACAAGGUGGCCUCCUUGCCGCCCUACCUCUACCUCCAUCUUUCCCACGACGCCAGCGACUACGACAAGACGUUUUACUGCGACGACGCGCAGCCCCUGCUACAGAACUUCGCCUGGUUGUUCCUCCGCUCGAACCAGUAUUUCACGCCUGCUCUGUUCCUUAUGCCCCGAUACGAUCAGGAGCUGUCGAAGCUGUUCCCUGAGAAAGAAACGGUGUUCCACCACUUGGGCAGGUACCUUCUUCACCCCACCAACGCCGUUUGGGGCUACGUGACGAGGUACUACGAGGCUUAUUUAGCCAGCGCGAAGGAUCGAGUGGGGAUUCAAGUUCGAAAUUUUCCCAAUGCGCCUGUCAAAUUCGAGCUAAUGCUCGACCAAAUCAUCAACUGCACGAUGAAAGAAGGCAUCUUGCCGGAGACUCAACUGGAAGCGCCGGCGAACUCCUCGACGACACCGGCGAUGGGAACGAAGCCAAAGGCUGUGCUAGUGACCAGCCUCCAGAUUGGGUACUCCGAUACGCUGCAGGCCAUGUAUUACGAGCGGGCGACGGCGACCGGCGAGGUGGUGGGCGUGUUCCAGCCGAGCCACGAUGAGUUACAGCGGACGGAGCGGCAGGGGCACAACGCCAAGGCGCUGGCGGAGAUUUACCUGCUGAGCUUCAGCGACACGCUGGUGACGAGCGCCUUCUCCACGUUCGGGUACGUGGCGCAGGCCCUCGGCGGGCUGCGGCCGUGGAUCUUGCUGCGACCGGACAAUGGCAGCGGCAAGGCGUGCCGGCGGGCGUCGUCGAUGGAGCCGUGCUUCCACUUCGCGCCGACGUACGACUGCAAGGCGGGGAGGGUCGUGGACAAGGGGAAGGUGGUGCCGCACGUCCGCCACUGCGAGGAUUUGAACUUCGAUUGGGGCCUUAAACUCUUCGAUUAGAAAUGGAGGCGAUAGAUUAAUGCAGUGAGCAAUUCUUAAUUAUUUGUUGUUAAAUGUCAUAGUGAGAUGGAGAAUAAGAAGCAUAACUCAUUCAUUCA